AUGAGUACUGCAAGUACGAGUGACGAUGCUGGCGGCAUUGCCCGCAAACUCUUUGAAUUAUAUGGAAAGAACGCAGCGUCCCUCAAUCGACUCCUUCGACGCCGCAUAGGCACUCGUGGGAAUCGUUUUAAUCACGAUCACGCCGAUACCUUCAUGUAUAUUGAACGCAGUAAAAACAGUAAUAUCGUCGCCUACACAGCUAAUAUGAUGGGGGCAACUACAAAAGCAAGCGUCUCUUCUGGUGCGGGUCAAUCAUGUUUGGUGGAUCCUCACAAUCCCGUUCAUGCCUACUUCAUUACACUCGACCCACCAACACUUGAGAGUAGACGAAAGAGGGGAAUUACAAGUGAUAUUGAUGAUUUAACAUUUAUUCAACGGAAAUUGGCCUACGGGUGUCAUGCAAAACCAUUACACAACGUAACGGGAUUCACAACAGAUGAGGCACAAACGUGGUUCAAAUCUUUUGAGCCAUUUGCGGUUUCUUACGUGGCCUUACCUAAAGUUCAUGCCUUAUUACUAUUACUAUCCCCACUCGCAGAGGGUGAGGGUGAAGAGAAUGGACCAGAAGAAAAGGAUACAACCGUCGCAUUGGUAGCCGUUGUUGGUGGGAAAUUAAGUGUCAUGCAGCGUGUGUAUGUGAACAGUACAGAACCAAAGCAUUUCUAUCAACUUCCCACUGUAAACUAUAUUGAGGUCUUCGGGGUCUCACUAGAGUCGGAUGAACCAGUUUAUGAGAAGAUUGAAAAAUGA